AUGCUGCAGGAGUUGUUUGCUAGGCUGAAGCUGCAGCAGCAGCAGCAGCAGCAGCAGCAGCAACAGCAACAGCAGCAGCACGGAACGCAUGCAGAGCAUGGGGUUUAUAGGGACCCCCAUACAGGGGCCUUUGUAUGUCCAGAUGCUGAAGAUGAUUUUGCUGCUGCUGCUGCUGCUGCUGCUGCUCUAGAAGAAGAUAGCUGGCAGCAGCAGCACCCACGACGGCAGCAGCAGGGCUGGCAGCAGCAGCAGCAGCAGCAGCAGCAGCAGCAGCAGCAGCAGCAGGCUCUAUCUGAUACUGGGCUUUCUCCUGCCCCCUUCAACCCCUACCUCCGCCACAGACAGAGACGGCUGCAAGUAGAGGAAGUACCAGACUACGAAGCGUUGCGUGAAGUGAAGAUUCGUGAGCGGCUGAGCCACCCAAAUAUCGUCGAUUAUAAACACUCUUGGUUAGAGAUGCACCGCGCCAACGAUCUAAGCCCCACAGUCCCCUGGCUAUUCAUACUUAUGGAGUACUGCAACGCAGGUGACCUCGAGUCUCUGAUUGACUUUAUGUAUAGCGGCCGUGCAGCAGCAGCAGUUGCCGAAGAAGUUGCUGCAGUGAAUGCAGCAGCAGGAGCGACAGUGGAUGCAGCAGCAGCAGCAGCAGCAACAGCAGCAGCAGCAGCAGCAGCAGCAGCUUCAUCUCCUCCACAUGUGGUUGCAGCAGCAGCAGCAGCAGCAGCAGCAUCAGCAUCAGCAGCUAGAGACUAUCGUUCUUCUCCUCUUGCUUCUUGUUCUCCUUGUCGUGCUGCAGCAGCAGCAGCAGCAGCAGCAAACUGCUGCCUCAGCAGCAACCAUAUAUGGCGUCUGCUGCUAGAUAUACUCUUCGGCCUGCAGCAUCUGCAUCACUCGGACUUCGGUACAGCUGAGCUGUCGGGGAUGGUGCGAACUGCUGCACCUGCUGCUGCACCUCCAGCAGCAGCAGCAGGUGCAGCAGCAGCAGCAGCAGCAGACAAUGGAAAAGUGCUGCUGCGGGCUCUUCUAGCAGACUUCGGUACAGCUGAGCUGUCGGGGAUGGUGCGAAGGGGGAGCAGCAGCAGUGGCGCAGCAGCAGCAGCAGCAGCAGCAGGGGGCACAGCAGCAGCAGCAGCAGCAGCAGCAGCAGCAAAAGCAGGGCCGCAGGUCCCUCGUGGGUUUACAGGUACUAUCGAAUUCACGGCCCCAGAACUGCUCGAUGGGAGUGGGAGGGACGGCAGCGACGUGUACGACCCAAAAGGAGACAUGUGGAGUUUAGGCGUUAUAGUUUAUUGUCUCUCUUUUGGUUCUGUCCCUUACCAAGCAGCAGACCCGGAGACAGCAAGAAAGCUUAUACUGCAACACACAAAAAUACACCUCCCUAGACACCCCAGAAGGUACACACACACCCCAUACAAACCCUAA